AUGGUGCCAGUGUGGGAAUUUGUAAAGCGGCAUCGUCGGAAAAUUGUUGUUUUUGGGUUAUCAGUUGGCGCUUUGUAUGCUGUACGUGAAGGACUGUCAAAGGUGAUUGAAAGGUCUAACGUGGAAGAGGGAACAAGUCAGGAAAUCGAUUGUUAUGCCGUUCAGGGAUGUAACCUUGGUACGUUAAGCUGUUGUAUGAUACCCUAUCUUUAUGUCGCUGGGACUUGUGAUCUUCAUGGGGGUAAAGCGCGUAGAGAUUAUGUUUACGAUUCCAACCACCGGUCUUGCGACUCUUCAAUACUGGAAUUAGUUCCUUUGAUACAAGCAAAAUUGGAAAACAAGUUUGAUGUGGAAACAAUUAUUGAAAGUUUACGAAUGGGGAAUUUGAGUAGUGAGGAACGGCUGACGUUGUGGCAAAGGGUGAAGGUACGAUUUUUGGUUUUUGUCUUUUUGAGGUGGACUAACUAUGUUCCGGCGUUUCUCAAAACUGGUGAGAAAUAUGAGGAACGAAACAACGAAAUGGUAGCAAAGGAUGGGAUCUUAAAUUUAUCUAAAAAAGUGGAAGAUGUUACUCAACAAGAGUUAAAAACGGUGUCUCUAAAAACUUCUGUUGAUGCUGACAAGUUAGAAGAAAUAUUAUCAAAUAUUAGAAAUAAACUGGGAACUGCCACCAGUAUCAACUUUUCAGCUUUCAUUGUUCCCGAGAUUUCUAACGAGGUGGUGGCAAAGGAGAAUGGUGAACUGUUCUGUUUGCUAAAAAAAUUUACAGGAGUGCUGAAAACAGAUAGGUUUCACAUCGUUUUAAGCGCCAUAGUAGAUCACUACGUUCGUGCUGUCAUUAAGGCGGUCAUUGGGAAAACGAACGCGCAGCCACUUCCGAUGGCAAAGUUAUUACCGAUGGAACUCUGCAAUAGGUUGCAAGAUUUAGCUGAUGGUAAUUUGCAUUGGGACUUCACUGUUGUUGUAUUAUUGCCAGCGCUUUCCCCGUCCUACACUCACAUUGGGUGA